UUUGUAUGCAAAGAGUCAGACACAAGCAUGUUGUCUUUAUGACGCCGUUGUCUAUGAAGUCCGACCAUAUAAGAAGUAAAAUAUGAAGCGUUCGUACUAUCUAUUACAUCAAGUGUAGAAGGAUGCAAUAGUUAAAAAUUGUAAUAAUUUACUGGAGAAGAUGGCAUCACAAGCGACAGCGGAAAACAACUUUAUACGACUUUCAUACUUACUACUGAAAAUAGCACCACAGGCUGUGAGAAAAUAUUUCGACAUGGAAUUUCAUCCAGAUGAGCUGUCAAAAUUUCUUACUCGAAAUAUGUUUAAACUUCGUGAACUGUGUGCCAACAAAAUUAUAUCACCACCACAAUGGCUUUUAUUGUUCCCCAAAAAAGAUAACUUAGUAUCUUCUGGUACUUUGGAUAUACCGACAAUGUGUCUGUUGCUACGAAACUUCACAGAAAUACAAAUACCAACUACUCUUCCACAUCCUGCCGACAACAAGGUUGGAUCCGAUUUAGCAAGAAUCGAAUACUAUCGAAAAAAGAUUGUACAUUCUCAACAUGAAUUAUCUGAUACAGACUUCAAGUUAGCAUGGGACACUAUAACGGGUGCAAUGACCCGUUUGAGCAAUAUGAACUUAAAAGCUCAAUUUGAAGCUUUGUUAACAGGAUCAUUAAACGGAGUCAAUGAGAGAGUUGAUGACGUUAACUUAGUUAGUAGGCCAUGUGAUGUUUGUGACUUCAAGAAUAUAAAAGCGUCGUCCGUUGUUUGGUGUUUAGAUUGUGACGAGUCGCUCUGUCAACAUUGUUUAGACCAUCAUAGUGCACACAAACUAUCGCGUUAUCACGAAUGCAUCAACAUAGAAGAGUACUUAAAAGAUCCUUCAAAGACAACAAUUACCUGUUCAGAACACAAACAAGAACUCGAUUUUUUCUGUGAGGUACACCAUAUUCCUCUAUGCGUUUUGUGCGUUAUGAACGAUCACAAAUCAUGUCAAUUAAUAAAACCUAUUCAAAUAGCAAUUACACAAUCAGACCAUACUAAACAUGAAUUGAAUGAAAGAGUUAACAAAUUAUUGCAAAAUAUAGAUGGUAUCAUCGUGGACGUUCAGAGUAAUUUAAAAUCAUAUGAAAUUGAAAAAGGAAAAGUCAGAGGUCAACUAAGAAGUAAAUUAAAAUUGGCUGCCGAAGACGUAGAGAGUCUGUGUUUAAAAGAUAUCGCUCAACAUGAAAACUCAACGAACGUUUUAUUUAGAAAUCUAUCGAAGCAUCAAAAAGAAACUAACCGACUUUUAAAUAACUUGAGUAAGCUUAAGGAAAAAAAUGUUCGUUCCUUGAUGACAAUGUUAGAAAUUGGAAAUAAAAUCAAAGACCAAGAAGUAAAUAUCCAAUUCCUUUUAAAAGACAGAGUCAUCAAUACUUUUCAUAUUGCUACAGACGUAGACCUACUAGCAAUGAAAACAAUUAUUUGCUCCAUUCAUGAAAUAUCAUUAUCUUCUGCUUUGAAUACACUGGACGAAACAGGUGCACAGCAAAAAAAGAAAACAGGAAUAAUAAAAAUUGCCGACUUCAAAGUCGAAAAUAGAACUAAUGACAAUGACAUUCGUGGAUGUUCUAUAAUAAACGAUAAUGUCGUCUGCUUUGCUGAUCGCGGAAACAAUCGUUUGAUUUUCAUGACUCUUCAAGGGUACCAGAAAGAAAUUAAACUAACCUGUGAACCAGUAGAUAUUGCUACGGUUGACCAUGCAAAAGUUGCCGUCUCAAUGUACGAUAAUACAAUUAAGAUUAUAAACAUUGAAAGCUGGAAAUGGGAAGACUUCUCCUUUAUUGAUGAAAAUACUAUAGGUGGACUGGCAUUUUAUGAAAACCAAAUUUUCAGUCGCGUUGGGGGUAUUGGUUAUCUCAUUAUUGAUUUGUCAGGCAAAGUGCAGCAAACAGUAACGAUAGAAGGUUCCAAUAUGCCAUACGUUAGUGUCUCGCAGGACAGGUUAUAUUCUGCAAGAUGGGACACCGGAGAAAUAUUUUGCCACGACCUUCAAGGAAAAACAAACUGGAAAUUUGAAAAUAAAUCCCUAGUUAAUCCUCCAAACGGCAUUACCACUGACAGUGAAGGAAAUGCUUAUGUUACCGGUUCUUUUUCUAACAAUGUUAUUUUCAUAUCAUCUGACGGAAAAGAAACCAAGGAAAUCAUAAGUAGUAGUGAAAAUCUCAAAAAUCCAAUUGCAAUAGACUAUGACAAGAAAACAGAUAGAUUGCUUGUUAGUGUUGCAUCCGGAUUAGGGUGCCUUUUCCUCAUGAAAAAUAAAUAGUCAAACACAUUGUAUCUAGCAAGCUACACAGUCGUAAAUGCAUAUGUAUGGUUAAUAACU